AUGGCGGACAAGGCAGUGAGUAUUCGUACUAGGAAGUUCAUGACCAAUCGUCUUCUUUCCAGAAAACAAUUCGUCAUUGAUGUUCUGCAUCCUGGAAGUCCUAAUUUUUCCAAGGCUGAGUUGAAGGAGAAAUUGGCUAGGAUGUGUGAUAUGAAGGACCCAAAUGCCAUCUUUGUUUUCAAGGCCAGGACGCAUUGUGGAGGUGGCAAAUCAACUGGGUUUGGAUAUAUCUAUGGUUCUGUAGAGAAUGCUAAGAAAUAUGAGCCCAAAUAUCGGCUUAUCAGGAAUGGCCUGGAUACUAAGGUAGAGAACUCUAGGAAACAACUCAAGGAAAGAAAGAACAGGGCCAAGAAGAUCCGUGGUGUAAAGAAGACAAAGGCUGGAGAUGCUGCCGAGGCUGGAAAAAAAGAAAUAAUUUUCCUGAGAGUUCUAGGCCUUGUCAAAUUUUUAUAG